AAACGAAGCAUUUGGUUUCAGGUCUUCCCCCGCCCUACCUUUUAUUCGGAAAAAACCGUUUAUAUAUUUCGCUCUCCCCUCCCAUCCCCUCCCCCACACUUUGUGAAAUUUGGCUACCUUUUCUCUUAUCGUUUUGUAUUUCCUGUCAUCAGACGAAUUACUGGGGCAUCAUGUCGGCAGAGGCUCCCUUGAGACUCUACAUUUCGCCACUCACUCGGCCAUACACUAUUCCCUAUCGUAGGGCACAAACAUUCGAUGUUAGCGAUCCCCUACUCCCUCCAUCCCUUCAAGCGCCUCCUGGAUUGCGUUUUCAGAGGCUAACGAGAAAACCAGGACUUCCGCACGACAGCAGAUAGAAUUCUCGUCUCGUGCAUUGAAACCGGCGAGCUUCAAGCCGGCUGCUCCGAGAGCGUUCCGCAGCCAAGCAACUGGAACGUGGUAGAUGAAACCGGGGCGAUCGUCAGUUCCGUUCUCUGGCAAGAUCUGGUGGUUCCUGGUGGGACCUACUGUCUUCUCCCCAGGCAGGAAAUCGCCGCCAUCUCGAGCCCAAUGCGGACCAGUCAGAGUCAUAGCUCCGCCACAGAGUCCGCUGCCACCACACGGAGCAGGAGCACCACCGCGGUAUCAUCGGCCUCUAUUUCCCCAGUCUCCUCUCCGCCCGGGUCGGUAUCACCCCCUGCUCCCGGAAACGAGAUCCGAAGCGUAUCGUAUCGAGAUGCGCUCUCGACAGCCGUCAUUGGCGCUGGGAGACCAAAUUCGGGAUCGAAUUAUAGCUUUUUCGGGGGCGACGAUGACAACGGCGUGCGCUUGAGAUCUGAGAGCCCUCCUUCCUCUUGUUCUCGUUCUCUAGAACAGCGAGGCGAUAGCCACACUCAUAAACCCCAGAACUCGCAGAUCACACUCGCCUCCCGGUCCCUCAUCACCAGUGGAAGUCCCUGGUCGGCGGUCGUCGCAAAUGGCCUCACUCCCCAGCCGCCCCAUCAAACUCAACAGCACAACCCCAACGCCCACCUCGCCACCACCACCACCACCACCACCACCACCAGCAAUAAUCACAGCAACAACAAUAACCCCGGGCCGACAACCGUGAGUGACUGGACAGUUGUUCAGACGCGCAAACCCGUCACCCAACCAACCAUCAAACCCCUCGUCCAGAUUAAGGUGUGGAAGAACGAAACCGUUCCCUCGAGCGCCAGGAGCUACACCGUUCCCCCGGCAAUCAGCGUCGGGGAAUUCAUCGAGCGGAUCGGCGGGCGCGAGGGUUGUCGCGUGCAGGAAAUGAAGAGGGUCAGGGAGGGAUUCUUGCCCGGGUUGACGUACAUGUGGGGCACACAAAAGUCCAUCGAGGACGUUGGCUGGGCGGAUAAGAAGAGGGGGACAGUCGGGGUGUUUUUGCACAUGCCGCCGAGAUUUGAUUGAUUUCCUGUAUGAGGGAUUGGAGGGGGGAGGAACCGCUAUUUUUCGAUGAUGUUUUUACUCAACACAUGCUCUUUUCCCUCUCACAUUUUUCCCCUCUUCUCUUUCGAUCACAUUGCAUUACGUUGCUCAUUUUUCCAUCCAUUAAUCAAGUCAUUCACAGUACUGUACUCACAAUUCCACACCACAUUAUCCAAUCUUCAUCCAUUCAUCCAAACUAGCUAAGCGGGUAAGGACACAACUCGUGUGAAAUUAAAUUAAGAUGCCACCCGAGCAAUUUGCCUAUGCACCGUAAAUCUCGUGUCCUCCCCUCACCAUUAACAACCUGCCCAAUUCAAAACUCCCAAAACAAUCACGUGGCAGAGUGAUAGCGCAUGAUCGCACACAUUACGAACCUCCCCCCCUCACUCCCACACUCUCUCGCUUUGACCAUGCAUGGCAUGGCACGACAACAGGCAAGUGAGCACCAGUUUGGCUCAACCCACCCCGUCACAUAGCGGACGUAUGGGUGGUGUAGACCAAGCAACCAAUGGCUCAAACAGCUCAAGUUGGAAUCGGGAACGAAACGAUUCUCG